CUGGAGUGUUGUAGAGCAAAUAUUUGCUGAUCAGUGGGGACCACAUAAUAUCUCCAGAUUUGAGUUUAUCACAGCCAGAGUCACGUCCAUGCAGUUUACAAGGACUUUCAGCUCAGUUUCAAUUCAACAUAAACUGUAGGUUUCAAUGGGUUCUUCAGUGACAGCUCUCAUCAUUCUGGUAAUACUGACGACCUAUGCAACAGAUUACAUAUGGAGUGAGAGGAUAUAUGCGUCGGAGAACCCUGUACCCGUGGGCAACGAUGUGACACUGUUCAGUCAAACCCAUCUCACCACGGGGGUAUGGCUGUUCAACAACAUGCUUCUUGUGUCGGUACUUCCAAACGUUUCAAUAUGGAGAAGCAGAGUAUUGUAUAAUUCCACAACUUCAUCACUGACGAUAACAUCACUGGAGCUGAGUGACUCUGGAAUAUACACAUUACAGCAAGUGGGGUCAAAUGCUUUUGUUUCUCAUUUAACACUUUCAGUUCGAGAACCUAUUUCAAAUGUUUCUGUGAAUGCAAGUGCAACCAACCUGGUGGAAUUUAACGACACAGUGGUUUUCAUGUGCUCCAUGUCUUCGGGUACUGCCCCAUCUUAUGUGUGGUUGAACGGCAGCUCUGUGGUCAAACCAGGGGCUGGAAUUCAAUUCAGUGACGGAGACUCCAAGCUCACUAUAGUCAGUGUGACCCGCUAUGAUGCAGGUCCAUUCAAAUGCAACGUGUCCAAUGGUAUUAGCGAUGGAAUCAGCACGUCAAUAUAUUUGAACAUUAGCUAUGGUCCAAAUAACACGACCAUAACACUCAUGCCCAUGGAGCCCAUCUACAGAGCAGGGUCGAACAUCCUGCUUUCAUGCUCAGUGGUGUCUCACCCACCGGCAGUGAUCAAGUGGAUGUUCAAUGGGGGGAACGUCUUUCACAUUGGGUCGCAACUUCAUCUGGAGAGGGUCAACGUGAGCAACUCAGGAAGUUACAAAUGCCUCUGUCACAACACAGUCACUUCCAGGUUCAGCAGUGCAAGUGUAAACAUCACAGUUAUGGAUCCAGUGGCAUCUGUUAUGGUGAAUGACAGUGGUCAACCUGCCAUUCUUAAUGACUCAUUCACUCUGAGUUGUGAAGUGGAAGGACCUGUUGAUCAUAUUCAGUGGUGGAGGAACGGUCACCUUCUUGUUGCUGACAGCACAACAGUAUUCGGCAAGGGCAAUAAAACAGUGACGUUGAACCGGGUCCAGCAUUCAGAUGGUGGACAAUAUAAGUGCCAGGCUUUUAACGCUGUAAGCAACAUGACCAGCAGCCCCUAUACACUGCAUGUAAACUAUGGACCCACUGCUGUCAUGAUCUCAGGACCAUCCAUGGCUCUGACAGGAGAUAUGGUGCAUCUCAAUUGCUCAAGCACUUCUUAUCCUCCCAGUUAUAUCAGCUGGUACUUCAACAGUUCCCUGGUGGCUAACUCUUCAGUCUACAGCAUUGGACCGCUGACCUUAAAAAUGAGUGGGACAUAUAAAUGUGUGGCUUACAACAACAUUACGGGGAAAAACAGCACUGCUCACCACAUGCUUACUGUAUUUGUUCCAGUAACCAGCGUAUUGAUAAAAAGCUUUGGAGCUCAGCCAAUCCUGAACCACACUUUCAAUUUGACCUGUGAGGCAGCUGGAAGUGUGGACUCUAUUUUGUGGAUGUACAAUGACAGCCCACUGUACGCUGGCAGCACAAGAAAUCUGUCAAUGGACAACGCCACCCUAACCUUUAAUCCUGUCAGGAUGACUGACAAUGGAAACUAUAGCUGUAAAGCAUCCAAUCCACUCAACAGCUCAGUCAGUGCCAUCUUCAUGCUGGAUGUUUCCUAUGGACCCAAGAUGCCGACCAUUGUGGGACCAACCACAGCAUGGGAAGGAUACAAAGUCAAAUUCACUUGUCAGGCACCGUCUAACCCCCCCAGCACCUAUAAAUGGUUCUUCAACAACUCUCUAGUGGCCAAUAUGUCUGUGUACGAAACUCCACCUCUCACCAUGUACAUGAGUGGGACGUACACCUGCAUGGCCUUCAACAAGGUCACCGGGCAAAACAGCACUGCCCACAGGGAACUCACAGUUUAUGGUCCAAUAACACGUGUACAGAUACAGGCAUCAACAAAUGUUCCCAUAGAAGAUCAAAUGUAUAACAUAACAUGUAACAUAACUGGAAAUGUUGACUAUGUUUCCUGGAUGAGGAAUGGUGAACGGCUGUAUGCAGACAAGACAACUACUUUCUCCACGAAUAAUAGGACAGUCAUCUUUCAGCCACUAGGACGCAAUGACACUGGAAACUACACUUGUAUGGCUAUCAACCCAGUUGGAAACAUGACCAGCCAUUCUUACAGGCUUCUUGUUAAUUUUGGACCAGAUACUCCCAUUAUUCAGGGGCCACAUUAUGCAGAGAAGGGCCAUCGUGCAGAAUUCAGCUGCUCUGCCAUGUCGGUGCCUCCCAGCAACUACAGCUGGUGGUUCAAUGGCUCCCUAAUGGCCACUACUGCAACGUUUACAACUGAGCCUUUGUCUUUAAACAUGACUGGAAAGUAUACCUGUGUCGCCAAAAAUCACAUGUUGGGAACAAACAGCUCAAGCUCUGUGAUGCUCAAUGUCAUUGAGGAUAUAACAGUAAUGGUCAAAGCCAACACGAUGCCUAUAAGCUCCAAAAACUUCACUCUCACUUGUGAAGUUAUUGGGUCAUAUCAGCGGAUCUACUGGAUGAAGGACAAUAAACCCAUGAACUCUACAGCUAGCAUGUCAUACCACAUUGAAAACAACACACUAACCUUCACUCCAGUGACACGGUACCAUGAUGGGUCAUAUCAGUGUGAUGCAAUCAACCUUGCUGGUUCAAAUAUAAGCCCCCCAUACAAGCUAACUGUGAACUAUGGCCCCCUGAAUGUGACGAUAAAAGGUCCAUAUUCAGCAGCAGAAGGCACUGAAGUGGCCCUGCAGUGCUCUGCUGACUCUCAGCCGGAUUGUGACUUCCGCUGGGUCUUCAACGGGCAGUAUUCAGAUGGAUCUAGUUUUACUUUCAGGGCAGCCAAAGACCAGCAGGGAAACUACACAUGUAAGGCAACGAACCCUGUGACCAACAUCACAAUGUACAAGACUCAUGCCUUCACUGUGGCCGCGCAUGCGUCUGCCCUCCACAUCCCCACCCAAGGUGGUCUGAUGAUGAUGGGUGUGUUUGUUAUGUCCCUCCCUGUGCUGUUCCACUGAAUCAUCCUAACUCAGCAAGGCAGACUUUAAAGUUCUCUUGCUCCCUCUAUAGACUGAUUCAAGAAUCAUGCUGUAACAAGAGAAUAAGGGUCCUGUUUACAGUAAUUUGUGGUAGAAAGUGGUGCCAUGUUAUCUGGUCUUGUCAGUUUCACUUACAUAAUCACUGGAAGUGUGCCAGUCAUAAAAUCAAGCGGCUGUCUGUUGGUCGAUUUGCUUUUAUUAGAUCUAUUUCAUCAACCUGCAAUGCAAAAUACUGUGCUAUUACUCACACUGACACUAAUUUGGUUUAUUUUAUGCAUAUAUUUCAUGCACUGGUCAUUAUGGUCCUGAUGUCAUCUGGUUUGUGUUGCCAAAAACAAGUCCUUUACUCUGAGCAUCUUUUUAUUUGUAGAUUUAGAUCAUCUUUAAGGUGUGAGUAAAUGCAGAUUGUAUUCAUUUUUUAAUUCAUGGUAUGUGUGAAAAUGAAUCAGGAAAACAAACACAUGAAUUUUGUGCAGAGUUUAUUGAAGAGUAGAUACACAUUCAGAGAAUUUAUUUUUUUCUGAAAUAUUGCAAUGGGCAGUUUUAUAUUGUUGUCAAAUAUAUGUAAUGCGUAUACAAAGAAAUAUAUUUAGUAUGAGAAUAAGCACAAAAAGUAAUAUAUAAGACGAUCAUUACAGGGUCUCUCCUCGAUCGUUUUCAGAUGGGGACGCUGAUCCUCGUUUGCAUUUGUUUGUUAAGACGGAGACAUUUCUUUGUGUUCUUAAGCUUCUUCCUCUGGCACAGUUUUCUCCCUUGUAUUUUUAAAGAUAGAUAAGGCAAAAAAAAAAAAAAAAGUACAUAAGUAAAAUAAAUCAACUAAGUAAAAUACUGUUUAAAAAUCUACUUUGCGGACCUCAAUAACUGUAGACUACUCACAUUUUGCAAAUUUUCUCUUCAAUCCGACAGACUGGUGACAAAGGCACUGUGUCUUCACAAGCACUUUUUCCUUUCCUGAUGAACAGAAAUGCACAAAACUUUACUAAGGCUCUGCUCAACAUAACAUUAUACAAAUCAAAGAAGUAUUUUGUGUAUUGUGUGAUCCUUUAAACACUGACACCUUUGCAUUUACACAGGGUUUCGUGAGGUCUUGCUUUGUUGAUUGGAUUGGCAGUGGUCAAUGGUUCUCCAGCAGCAGGGGCUAUAGUACAAUUUAUAUCAGCUUUAAUUAAAAUAUAAUUAUAUCAAUCAUAAUUACAUUAAAUGUGAAGUU